AUGGUGACGAAGGCCGUGGCAAGAAAAAAACAAGUUAUGAUCCUCUCCUCGACACCAGUCCUGGGAAAAGGUUCAUCUCGCUCCAAACAGGAUGAUUCAGUUGUGGAUACGGAUUCCCCUUUGAAUAUGAAUAUGAUUGGGGACACACAUCUGACUCACUUUCUUUCGGCCGUCCUCCCGAUCUCAUUGUACAAUGACAAGCCGGAGAGCUUGCACCAGGUCUUGGCUGCUUUGGCAGCUGACUUCCGACAGUUGUUCACUACCGGUGUGACGGUGAAUGGGAAGAAAUUUUUCAUAUGUGUGAUUGGAUGUAAGGGUGACUGCCCUUACCUGGUGAAGGCUGGGCGCUUUGACAGGAGCUUCGCUCGACGACCUCUGAAACGUUCCUCAAAGAAGGCAUGUCCAGGGAUCUGCCAUUUGUGUUUGGCAGGCAAAGAGACCGACAGUCAGGGUAUUGCAGUUGAAAUACCAUACGAAGACUACGGUACGGAACAGCCUGCUUGGCUGGAGACUAUGGGGGUUGAGCCGGCCUACGAGGUGCCAUCAGCCUUUGCAGCAAUCCCAUUUUUGAAAGAUGGGGCCCAAGGAGGGUUGGACAUGUUUUUCCAGUUCGACCUGUUUCAUAAUUUACAUUUGGGUCUGGGAAAGAAUUUCAUUGCCAGCGCUAUUUGCGUGUGUAUGGAGCUCAUCAACAAUUCCAUUGCUGGUGCGUUUGAAGACUUGACACGAGAUUUUCGGGCGUACUGCCAGCGGAACCGCCAAAGCCCUUAUCACAAAACACUGUCAGCAUCCUUGCUUGGAGUUGAGGGUGGCUUCCAGGAUGUUCCGGACGCGGCAUGGAACAAAGGAGACCAUACCAGGUUAUUGCUCCAAUGGUUUGAAGAUUAUUGCUCUCGAGAAGUUUUGGGCAAAACCAGGGAUCCACUAUACAUCUUGUGUGCUGAAGCGACUAUGGCCAUCAAUGAGUGCGUUGGCGGGCUUUACAAGGAAGGGCUCUUUGUCAAAGCGCCCAGGGCCGAAUAUUUGGCCACAAAAGGCCUUGUGUUUCUGCAACGGUAUCGCCAGUUGGCAGUGAUGUGCUUCAGGCUUCGAAAGAAGCGCUUCCCUCUGAUGCCCAAGGGGCAUUAUUUACAUCACCAAUUUUUGUCCAUGUUGCAUGCCUCGCGCCAAGGGCCAUGGUGUAUAAACAUUUUAGUUUACGCCAACCAGAUGUCAGAAGACUUUGUUGGCAAGCCAUCGCGGCUGUCUCGCAGAGUUUCAGCCAAGACCGCCAGUCUGCGAGUCCUUCAACGAAGUUUCCUUGCAAUUAGAAAUUCAAUUUGCUCCACGUUAGACCUUGGAGACUUAAAGCUGGGCACUUGA